GUGAGUGAGAGAGUAGCGAUGGAGCGAGCAAUCACGAUCCUUCAUGUUAUGUUUUGAAGUGUCCCCAAGAAGAGAAGAUAUCUUUAUCAAAGGGAACCCUCCUCGCAUUGUUCUUUCGUUCUUCCUUGUAUCAUCGAUCGCAAACUUUCUGUCUCAGGGAAAGGUUUCAUCUUCUUCUUCGCUUUAAUUACACACGAAGUAGCAUCAGUUUCUUCAAGAUCUCUUGAAGGUGAUAUUUGGGUUGAAAAAGAGACGAUUUGAGGAGAAAGGAAGGAUCCGGUUUGGUUUUUACUCUCUGAAAUCUGAAUAGCUGCAAGGAUGAAUGAUCUUAUGACAAAAUCCUUCCUCAGUUACGUGGAUUUGAAGAAACAGGCUCUCAAGGAUCUUGAAGCAGGGCCUGACAUUGAGAUGGGGCAGCUCGACCCCACGGACGAGGAGAAUCUGGCUCUUUUUUUCGAAGAGGUUGGUACAAUCAAAGCUGAGAUGGAAGAGAUCACUCAUCUCCUCCUUGACCUUCAAGGCCUAAAUGAAGAGACAAAAUUGACUCACAGUACUAAAGUACUUCGAGGGCUCAGAGACAGGAUGGAUUCAGAUAUGGUGACAGUCCUUCGCAAGGCCAAAAUCAUCAAAGCUCGAUUAGAAUCUCUGGACCAAUCCAACAAAGCCAACCGCAAUCUUUCAGCGGCAUAUGGAGAGGGAAGUCCGAUUGAUCGAACAAGGAUGUCCGUCACCAAUGGUUUGAGAACCAAACUGAGGGAGAUGAUGAAUGAUUUUCAGUCACUGAGAGACAAGAUUGCCUCAGAUCACACGGAAGGUCUGAAGAGGAGGUACUUCAAUGCCACUGGCGAGGUUCCCAGUGAGGAGGUGAUAGAGAAGAUGAAAUCAGGGGGCCAGCAAGUCCAGGUUUUUGAAGGAAAACCAGAAUUGAAUCUGGAGAAUCAGGAGAGACAGGAGGCUCUGAACCAGAUUCAGAGAAGCUUGACGGAGCUUCAUCAUGUCUUCCUCGAUAUGGCUGUUUUGGUUGAGAAACAGGGCGAACAGAUUGACAACAUAGAACAGAAUUUGGCCCGUGCAGGUGACUUCAUCAGUACUGGGACGAAAAAACUAGUUGAUGCUGACAAGAUGAAGGGAAAGAGAAGGAGAUGGGUAUACUGGGUUUGGGCUCUACUACUGGUCAUCGUCUUAGUGUGCCUCAUUGUGUCUCUCAUUUCUUGAGGAAAUUGAACACAGUUUUCAACAGUUCGAGAAUUUUAUCUGGUCUUCUUCUUUUCAGGCCAUCUGUUUGCUUGAAGUUUAAAUGUUUGCCUUGCGGUGAGUGGUUUUUUGUCUGUAAAUACAUCCAAUUGUUUUGCUCUCCUGGGUGAUUUUCUUUUGGCUUUAACUACCAUCUGUGAUUCUAUACUUCUUUCCAUCAGUUAAUGGAGAUUUGUUUCAUCA